AUGAGUGUCAUUGAGUAUGAGACACACUUCGCUUCUUUUUCUCGCUAUGCACUAGAGAUGGUAGCUAUCGAGGAGCUCAGGGCGAGGAAGUUUCAAGAUGGGUUACAUCUUGAUAUUAGGCCACGAAUUUCAGUAUUAGAAUUGAGGACCUAUGAGGAGGUAGUACAGAAAGCUAUGUUGGUUGAGGUAGAGGACCGAGAUCAACUUAGGAUCAAGGGUUCAUAUAAGCAGUCUCGUGGAGAGGCUUCAUCAGUAUCUAUUUGGGGUCAGUGGAAGAAGGCGAAGGCCGAGGACAGUUCACGUUCACAGGUCGUACCGGCACAGUCAGCAGUUGUGCAGUCAGGUUUCAGGGUGCCUCAAGUACCGCAGUCAGCAGCACUGCCAGUUGGUUCUUAUCCGGUCACAGGCCCUACGCCUACUGCUUCCGGACAUCAAUCGGGCCACCAGGGCAGUUCACAGCAGUCUGAGGCUCAAGGACGAGCUUACGCACUGCCACAGGCCGAUACCUCUGCUGGGACUUCUACAGUUCGAGUCACGCAGCGGGAUGGUUUCCUUUGUGUUGACACACCAGUUGGGGGUCCAAUGUUUUUGGACCGUGUUUGUCAAGGUUGUGCUAUCAAGAUAGCUGGGCAGACUUUAAAGUUCGAUUUUGUUGUUUUCAACAUGACGGGCUUUGACGUCAUUCUCGGGAUGGAUUGGCUAUCCUUCUUUCGUGCUAUAAUCGAUUACUUCCGUUAG